AUGACCUUUCGUGCACUUACGCUCAGGCUAAAAGUCCUUCCCCGUUAUGCCUAUGCGCAAAAGUUGGAUGUUUAUGAUUCGAACUCCGACCAUGGCUUGAACGGUAUCGUGUUACACACAUCAGCCCAUCACCCAUUACGCCUAGUCGGUCCUCCACCGCUCCACCAUCACCAUCAUCACAAACCUGCCAAAUAUGGACAACGUGGGGAAGUCGCCAAAGGCGACAUCCGCAGCCCCACGUUUUCCGCGCUGGAUUAUUGUCGCCCAAUUAGGCAACCUCUUCUUACUUGUCAUACUGUAUUUGCAUGCCUAUAUCAUGCUUUUGCGAGUUGUCAGUCCUCACCUUUGCCGGAAACCAAAAAUCGGAAUUUCCCGUUUCAGGAUCUUGUUGAAAAGGGUAUCGAAUGUGAUCUACCGGAGGGUAAGCUGAGCGCACCAGAACAACGGACGAAACGAUCGGCAGCAAAGCGUACUCUACCAGUUGAAAUCGAAGAGUACACGAUUAUCAUUGGAGAAAAUACGCUGAUUCCA